AUGAGUGAAAAGAAACAUGUAGAUUUCGACAAUAGUGAUAGCAGCAGGAGCAGCGGGGGUGAUCACCCGUAUGAAAGGCAUAUCCCACUCCAACAAGAGUCUCCCGUUCGUCCUCACGAAACUCCCAUCCAACACAAAGAACAACAACAACAAGAAAAAGAAAAAGAAGAAAAAGAAAAAGAAGGGAAAAGUGCACCGACGACUGCUGCUCGUCCCUCUCAAAUCGCUCUUUUUCAAUUCGGUGGUGGACGGAAUACCACAAAUAACACUCCUGCUGCUGAUAAUAACAACAAUAACAAUAACAAUCAUGAGAGUCCAAAUAAUAACGCCAUCAAGAUACGAAAGUUUGGGGUCUUUGAUGAUGUCACCACCUCCUCUGAAGACUCCUAUAGUGUAAGUGAAGUAAAGAAACCCGAACGUAAAGAAGUCCCUACAGCAGUUGUUGAAAAAACACCGGUAGAUCCCGCUGUGAAUACAUCCACAACAACAACAACAACAACAGCUGCUCCAAGGUUAUCUACUACAUCUAUUGAUGUGGAUAUAGCAAGGCGCUCUAGUAUAGAUCAUAGUAAAGAUAUGAAAGAAAUUGCAGCCGUGAUGGCCGCUCAGGUUAGAGAACAACAAUCACCACCACCAACAGCAAUAGCAAUAACAGCACCACCAACAGCAAUAACAGUAGUAACACCAAAGGGAACUUUGGCUUCCCCUUCCUCUAUUUAUUCUGCUAGUACACGAUCACAUACAGCAAGGCCAGAUUCACCAAGGAGUCCACCACAUGUGAAAAAAAGUGUGUAUAGACAAGAACAAGGGCGUACUCAACGCGGUGAUGUCUACGAUGAUGAUGAUAAUAAUAAUAAUAAUGAUAAUGAUAAUAGGGUACAGGAUAAGAAUAGCAACAAUGUUAAUGUUAAUGUUAACAAGAAAAGUGAGGAGGACAAGGAGAGUAGGGACUACUACUACUAUGAUGAUCUAAAGGUAUUCAAACCUCUUAUAACAUGUAUAGAUAAUUUAUGGAAUUCUGCAGAAGAAACCAAUAAAGGCAUUCUUGUGAUGUUUCUCGUAACUAUGAUGUCAUUUGUCCUCACUAUUGUUUCUUAUCCACUCUCACAGGUAGAUGUGACUGGUGGGAGUUGCUACACCUACUGGGGUUACAAAGAGAACUGUGACUCUAUUACCUAUACAAAUCGCACUGCCUAUAUUGAAUGUUCGCCGAUUCAAUCAAGAUUAAAUGUUGGAGCUGCCUUUGCAAGCAUGUCCCUUAUUUUACACUUUGCUGCGUUAGGAUGUAUUAUAGCAUUAAUGAAGAAGAGUGAUCUUCGUUUACUCCGUAUAGUCACGGCUGGGAUAUGUGGUGUUAUAUUUUUUUUUCAGCUUAUCGCUUGGGCUGCUAUUGCUGGUAUAUACACAUCGCGGUACUGUGAGAAUACCACUCUUCCACGGACUACGACAUAUGGAGUGGGAUUCGGUAUGCAGUUAACAUCAUGGUUUUUACUCAUGAUUGACAUGGCAGUCUCGGUUUUGUUUUUUGUACGCUAG